CCGCAGGGCGGUGCAGAAGGUGAUAAAGCGCAGUCACGCUCGCACUGCCACAGCUCCAGAGAAACCUUCUCAGAAAUUUGCUACGGCGAUCCAGGAUUUGGCUGUCCAGAAGCCACGUAAUGAAGGAGAAGAAGAACUUUCCUGGUUCGUUGCUGAUGCUUCAAAACUUAAUCCCGCGUUGUUCCAAAAACACAUUGAAGCUUUAGGCUUGAGCGGGGCAAACGUGAUAUGUCCGGGCUCGCAUCAAAGAGCCAAUAGGCCCGGUGGAAGAUACUGCGCCUGGUCCAGGCAUCAUGUGCACGCUGGAGCAACACUCCCGCUACACACCUAUUUCCAGUCUGUAGCAGAUUACUUCAACGUCUCCCCAUUCCAGAUCGCACCGAAUGGGAUCCAAGCACUCUAUGCGUUGUACAUCCUUUACUUUCUGCAUGGUUGGGACGAGCCCACCCCUCAUGAGGUGCAUUACCUGUUUGAUCUUAGGACCAAUCCUUCCCACAACAACACAGGCUUCUUCCACUUCUAUCAUAGGCAAAGGGGGGUUACUUAUCUCAAUGGUAUUUCUCACAAAUCAAACCCCGGGAAGUAUCAUAAAGAAUACUUCCUUACAUUAGACAUUGAGGCCAACAACUUGGCCUUUACACGCUCGGGUCCAUUCGAGCGACCAUUACCUACUAAAUGGAUGUUUAAGCGGGCCCAGAAGUUGGCUAACAUGAGUCUUAAAGAGAAAGAUGUGAAAAAAUUGGUCACUUUGGACCUCCUUCAGAUGGUGGGCCUGGUGCCGUGUGACCAAGAUUUGGCGGUGGAAAGUACCACCGGGGAGAACGACACUACCGAUCAGUCCAACGCGGGAACGGAGCUAGUGACUGAUCAGCUUUGUCCUGGACCUUCUCCGCUUUCUCGUAGACCUGGCGACUUAGUCAUUAGGGAGCCCGAACCUCAGCGCAGGUCUACUAUUCCUGCUCACCCUGGGAAAGGAAAGGUUAUCCAGGUUGAGGGGAACUUAGCUCAUCCUCGGACGACGAGGAUGAGUUCCUCGACGAGAUCCUCAAUGCAGAUUCAGACAUGUUCAGAGAGUGCGUUGCUUCAAAGAGGAAAAUUGGUGAUGGAAGUGGCUCUAUGCCUCCGCAGAAGAUUCAGAAGGUAGUACCGCCCAGUCAAGGGAGGCAAACUGAGGGACCGACUACACUUCCGCCACUGACUCCCUCUUCGCUUCCUCCUUCUGCGAGCCUAACUCCUACUCACCAGGGUAGCUCGAGUGAGGUCUUUCAUGCUGUUAGUGACCUAGGCAAGGGACUUCUUGAGGAGAUCGGCCAUGAUGCUUCAAUGCUCCAAAGCUUAGAAUCCUACCCUCGGCUUAGCGUUGAAGUUGUCUUGAAAAGAGGGCUUACUCAACUGAUGAAGUCGCUUGUCACCAUCGGUCAGGCUCAGCUCCGAGCGGUAGACUACAAGGAGUUGAUCAAGGUGCUAAACGAUCAACUGGUGGAGGCCAAAUCCAAGCUGGAGCAAGCAGAGAGAACCGUAGCUGAACGGGAUGAGUCUCUCAAGAAGCUUUCUGAUGAGAACCAGCAGCAGGUUCAAAACAACAACUCCUUGACAGCCCAACUGGAGAAGCUGUCCCUCGAGAACAAGGGGUUAGCUCGAGAUAAUGAGAAACUGAUCCACGAAAAUGAAGAGUUGAAACAAGAAAAGGAGCUUGAUUUGAUUCGCUUUGAAGAAGCCAAUUUCGACUGCUUUUAUAAGGUCUGGAAGCUGAACAAACCUCUCAAUCUUGAUUGUUUCUCCAAGGAGGCUCAGGCAGAGGAGCUUGCCAGAUGUGAAGCAAGGGCCGUUGAAGAAGCUGCCAAUCCUCCUGCACUCACUCCCGCCUCCUCUGCUUUAUCAUUCCGAGCGAGAGGGGCCGCUGAUGCCGAGGAGGGGGUCAAUCAACCCACUAGAGGAGCACGCCAGUGACUCCCUCUCAUAGUUCAUCAUAAUUUGCUUUAUUUUGUAUUUUGUUGCUCAAACUAGUGAGUUAUUUUGACACUUAGCACUUUACUCUUUCUUUGUCGACAACUUUAAACUUUUAAGUUUUUAUUGUACAUAGUAAAGUUCUUAGAUGCCUUUAAUUUCACAUGAGUAUUUAGUUUUCUAACUUAGGAAUUUUUACAAUCCCAUAAGUCCAUACUAAAUAUACUUUCUCAUGCUCUU